GCCAGUGCCCGGGUGGCGCGCGCCGCAGCUGUCUCUUCGGGCACCGCGCGGGCCAUGGCGUCCCCAGGGUUCUCGGCGCCCGGCGGGGUGGCGGUGGUCGGCAGCGGGCUCAUCGGGCGGAGCUGGGCCAUGCUGUUCGCCAGUGCAGGCUUCAGGGUGAAACUGUUCGACAUUGAACCUCGGCAGGUGACCGAUGCGCUGGUUAGCCUCAGGAAGGAGAUGAAGAUGCUGGAGCUGUCGGGGUACCUGAAAGGCCAGCUGGGCGCGGAGGAGCAGCUGUCACUCAUCAGCGGCUGCUCUGACCUGCGGGAGGCAGUAGAGGGCGCCCUGCACGUGCAGGAAUGUGUCCCGGAGAACCUGGAGCUGAAGCGGAAGCUGUUCGCUCAGCUGGACAAAAUCGCCGAUGAUCACGUCGUCUUGAGCAGCUCCAGCUCAUGCCUCCUGCCCUCCAAGCUGUUCGCUGGCUUGGCACACGUGAAGCAGUGCCUGGUGGCCCACCCCGUCAACCCACCAUAUUACGUGCCGCUGGUGGAACUGGUACCACACCCAGAGACGGCCCCUGCCACCGUGGACAGGACCUAUGCCCUGAUGCGGAGGGUUGGACAGUCCCCGGUCAGGCUCCUGAGGGAGGUCGACGGCUUCGCCCUGAACCGCCUCCAGUAUGCGGUCAUUGCUGAGGCCUGGCGGCUUGUGGAGGAAGGUGUGGUGUCUCCGGGUGACCUUGACCUCGUCAUGUCAGACGGCCUGGGCCUGCGGUACGCGUUCAUUGGGCCCCUGGAGACCAUGCACCUCAAUGCGGAAGGUAUGUUAAGCUACUGUGACAGGUACAGCGAAGGCAUGAAGCGUGUCCUGAAGACUUUUGGACCCGUUCCCGAGUUCUCUGGGGCCACAGCUGAGAAGGUGCACCAGGCCAUGUGCGUGAAGGUUCCGGAUGACGCAGAGCACUUGGCUGCCAGGAGGGCGUGGCGGGACGGAUGCCUCAUGAGACUUGCCCAGCUGAAGCGCCAACUGCCUCAGUGAUGCUGCAGUGACCACUGCUGCCCCCAAGCGGGGACCACCAACCCCCAGUCCCGUGGCCUUGAGACACCAGGGUGGGGAGGGGGGCUGCGGGAGCCCGGCAGAGGGAGCCCUGCUUGCUGUCCUCACCCUGGCAGGUGCCUGAGGGGGGCAUGCCCCAGGCAGGGGUUGAUCACAGCUGCUGGGGUCUGUGGACCAUGGAUGCCCCCCAGCUCCCAGCAGACAAGAGAGCUAAUCAUCCGAAGAUUUGACCACUUACUUUCAUGUGAUUCCACGUGUUUACAUAUCAUGAUCGGUGGUUGUAGUUUCAAGUCAUUUUAAUCUAAUGCAAAAUGUUUUUGUAAUUAUUUUCUGAUCUCUUGCUGAGGACCCUGUGGUCCUACACAUCUGAGGAGUUCCCUUCAUUUUUCUGAUCCUUAUUCCAAAUAAAAGUGUUUGAUUGCAUAAA